CUGGUGUGGUCCACGAUCUGCGAGGAGGUGAACAAGCGUUGCGGCGGCGAGCGACCCCGGACCCCCGCGCAAGUCAAGAUGUGGUACGAAAACUAUAAGAAGAAGUGCAAAAUGCGCGCUCACGAUACACAGCAGCCUCCGCAAUCAGACACGUCAAGUCUGCUCGAUGGGAUGCUGUGGCAGAGCAUACAUCCCCUAGACGUCAAAGAGGAAGACGGUGAGCCCACAACUAGCGCGGAAGGGCACAGCAUCAAGGACGACGACUGUGUGCCUGUUAACAUGUCAAACGGACGACUAUCGACAACGAACGACAGCGACGACACGAUUAACGUACUCGAGCCCCAAGUGCAGAUCAUACCGCACUCUUCGCCCUCGCCCCCUCUCGCUCCCGCACACAAGGUCCUCCCCGCCGCCCCCCUCGUCCUCCCGGUCCCUCUGCAGGCCCUAGAACAGGCCAGACUCCAGCAGAACUUCCUACAGAAGCUAAACGAACUAUCGAACACGCCUUUGAACCUGAGCAACUUGGAUGAUACCAGGAAGAACGGACACGAAAAAAGCCAAGACAAACUGGACGAUCACAUAAAGCACGAAUGCGCCUCGGCCACUGAAGAGGAGAAGCUGUACUUCUCGGCGAAGAGACAGCACGCCAUUUGGGAGCACGAGGCCAAGAUGAAAAUCCUCAACAUGGAACUGAGGCAGAAGGAGGAGAUAUUCUCCCUCCAGAAGCAGCUGUUCCUCAUUGAGUUGAGAUUGAAAAUGGAUUUCCUGGAGAAGGCCAGCGCUAAAUGAGAACAGAUGGCGCUGAUCUCCGUGGAAGGUUUGAAACACCACCGGACGUCGAACGACGCGAGUUUGACAGCUGUCAGCCGACUGUCAAACGUCAAAAGCGGAUUCAAGUCUAGUUGAAAAAGUGCCAUUUGUAAGUAGUUACCGAAUUAAAAAUUAAAUAAAGAGUUGAUUUACUUUAUUGUAGGCGUACAGCCUCAGUGUUGUCAGAAAAUAAUUGUUUGUUUUCAUUUAAAAAAAAAAAUUUAUUAUGAGCGAUAAUGUGAAUAGAUUAUUGUUUUUAUUAAAUACGAUUUUUGUUUUAGCCUUGAAUAAUAAUUACAAGACUUGUUUAGCGUAACUAGUUCGAGUUAAAUGCUUUAAUGUGUCUGUAGUUUUUUUUUUUUUUUUUUAAACAAUUACAACAAUGGGUCUUCCUGUGCGAUAGUUUUUUUUAGAAUCGAUUACAAUGAUAAUCGAUUUAAGGCGAAUGAUAUAAUCCAGUAUCGAGUUUGUAGUUGUUGCUUAUGUUAAAUGAUUUAUUUUUUUAUUUCAAAAUGUAUGAUAUAAUAAGUGCAGGACACAGCUUAAUAUAAAUGUGAUCAAAAAAAAAUCUAUAUUUUUGUAUUCAAUUAUUUUAUAGAUAAUUUUUUUUUUUUUGAAGUACAGCUUAACGUUAACGAGAAUUCUUUAGAUAGGCAAAUGAUAUUACGUCGGUUUUAUGUUAAUUACGUUAAUAGUAUUGUUUUUAUGGUAUAUUCCGUUACUACUGUUUCGUUGUUUUGUAUCGGAGACCGACGAUUUGCUGCGGACCGUGGACAACAUUAUUAUAGAACCGUCAGACGCGGCACUAAUGAGUCGGUUUAUUAAAAAUUCAACAGAUGUGAAGCACUAAAUGAUGUUAAAAGUUUUGAUUAGUUUUUAUUUUUUUAAUAGUGUAUUGUUGUUGCGAGAGUUCAACGACCCGUCAAAGUCGUAGUCAGGAAACGUCAAAGUCCGCGCGAUCUUUUGUUGCUUCAUUUUAUUUAUUGAACGUGACAUAUAUCAAUCGGAUAAUGUUGUUAUGCAUAAUCUUUACGCGUUCGUUUGAGUUUAAGUACUUAGAAGUGAUUCCCCUCGUUUUUUGGGGGAAAUUUAGGGGGGAGGUGAUUGGGGAGAGCUUAAAUGAUUUAAACAAAAAAUACUCAGUUUUGUUUAAAAAUGAAGUAUUGACAAGGAAAAUAUGUUUUAGAAAGAAAAAAAAAGUAAAAUGCGAUAAUUAUUAUUCGCGGUCCCAUCUCGUGAUGCGUCUGAACGAAGCCGGCAUAAGCAUUAGAAUAAUUUACAAUGAACAGAGCAAUAAAUAAUAUACAAUAAUCGAAGUCUGGUCUGCAUAUACUUGCACAACAAAUGUUUGAAACAUUACAAAUAUAUAUUUUUAAUAACUAAUAAUAUCAGUAAUAAAAACACUAUUCUUUGUCAAAGUUAUCUGUCAAAAAUCAUUACAAGAAAUCAGAACAAUUUAUUACGAACAUUUUAUUCGAUAAAAAUAACGAAAUCAAGAUUUAAGAUUUAUAAUUAAUUUUAAUAAUGCAAAUAUUUAUUCAAUAUAAAACUGUCCAAUUAUAAUUUCUGAAACUUACGGUCGCAUUCGCGUUUUGCUUGAACACAUUGUCCGAAAACGUUCGAUCUCCCACCAUUUUGGAUUCUUGACAGGUGUCAAUGACAGCUGUCAAGUGAAAAGGCACCGGGAAGACGUGUGCAGCACUAGAUAUAUACAUAGAGUGUAUACGCCAUCAGUGUAGUACUAUUAUUCCGAGUAAUUUUGUAUAUCGGAGCGAUUUUUUUUUUUUAUGUUUGGACAAUACUUAAUUAUUUUUUUUUACAUGCGUUCGUUACUUAAAGUUGUGUACCUACUAUUAUUUAAUGAACGUAGGUUCCCUGGGCAGACGAAAAAAAGCUCUUAUUUAAGUCUUAUCGUACUUCGGAAAGAUGCCCUAAUUUUUAACGAAAUUUCACAAUUAAAAAGCUUUUUUUUUUCGUGAUAACAUGUUAUAAAUCGAUGAACACCGGCUGCACGCUCGAAAAAGUGUCACGUUCCACCCGAGAAUGAGCGUGCGAGCGAGAGCGCGCAACAAGCGAUAGAGAGGCACGAUCGGCUCAUGCGUUAAUUUAUCGAAAAAAUUGUAAUUUUCAACUAACUCAAUCAUUGUAUUAUACAAAGUAAUGAUAAUUCAGUGACAAUAAUUAAAUUCAAUUCAUAAAAAUAUGCAAUUUUUUAUUAAUAUUUCUUUUAUGACGUUAUCACGUAAAACUAUCGUCCGUAAACAGACAGACAUUCAAUUAUUUUUUUUAUAUCCUCGUUUCCGACAUUGUAUCGCUUGGUUUAGGAAAAUUCCAUCAUAAAUUCUCGCAUGCACUGUUUUAAAUUAUUUCGCGUCAAUAAUGUGCCAAUAAACGCAAAACGUUGUUGAUAAUAAAUAUUAAACUAGUUAUUACAUAUAUAAGUAAUUAUUACUUUAUUAUUAUUAUUAUUUUUUUGUUUUGUUAAAUACAUUUUUAAAAUGUUAGUAAUUUUUAGAAACGUUUCGUGUUUCAUGCGCCUUUCGCGUUCUGAAGUGUUGUCGGAUUAAAAUUAAAUCUCCCCAAAAAAUUGGGGAAAUUGACAUUUUCACGAAAUUUUAUUGAUAAAUACUCAGUAUUAAUUUUCUAAUGUAUUAUAAAUAAAAAUGGUUAAAGUAUUCUUUGUUUUUAACGAAAUACGAAUGAGACACGAACGUUCCGAGCGAUUAUUAUGAUAUUAUUAAAAGUAAAAAAAAUAUAAUAUAGUUAAAUAGAUAUUUAUAGAGCAGAAAAUAAUAAAUUAAAAAAACACACACAGUACAAAACAAUAAUAGCAAAAAGGUUACCUCAGAUUUUUUGUAAACAUUGUAAAUAUUUAGGGUUAGUUGUAUAAAGAAUAAAGAAAUUUUAGAGAUUUUUAUGAAUACAGAGGCGACUUACACCUCCUGUGGCCGAUUCCGAUCGACACUGCCAAUUUUUUAGGUGAGAAGCAAAUGUGGAAUUUUUGCUCAACUAUGUGGCAACCCAGGUAAUUUUUUUUUUAGCCCGUUAGACUUGGUGCCAGACUGCUCUGGCAAUACAUUAAAUGUAAUUUAAAAAAAAAAACGUUUAUAGCAAUAAUAUUGUGAUUUAAGUGAAAGAUCUCAAGCCAGAUUAAAAAAUAAUAAAAUAUGUAAUUAUUAAUUAUUUGUAUUCGCAAAAUUGUUAGUUUUGUAUUAAAUUUCCAAGAAAACGUUUUUUUUUUCUUUUUUUCUUUUUGUAAUUAAUUUGUUUAAAUGUCAAAAAAAUUUAAAUACGAUACGUUAAUCUGAUGAAAUUGGAUAUGAAAUUAUACGAAAUAAAUAUUUUA